CGCCUCUCAGACGGGAAGCUCUCAGCUCAGAACUUCUCUAGCAGCUGUGGAGCGGCAUCAUCGAGUACCAUCGAGCAAGAAACCAAAAUGUGAAGGAAAAGCAGCCAUACACCACUUUCUGUAAGUAGGUGUGUAGUGGAGAAGAGUAGCCGUCUUAAAAACCAAUGCGUAAAGUUACUUUUACGCAAUAAUCUGUGCGUAAAAGUGAGUGAAAAAGAGGAUAGAAAAACUUCUGCGGUUGGAUUUGAAACGUUUUUCUCGGCUGCUGCGAUGGAUGGAUGCGUUCAGGGACUGUAAUGAAAAGCUGACAGUGGACAGUGACUAAGCCUUGCAGGCUGGGAGGUUUAAUGAAGUGAAUUUGUCUGGACUACAGACUUUAUGUAAGAAGUAGGACAAGCAUAUGCUUUUUUUUUUUGUCGUGCGUAAAAGACGCUUCGUCGUCAAAGCAUCUCGUUGUUAUGACUGCUGUUCUUCACAAAGUUGCAGCUAGAUGAUGCCACCAUUUGGGAGUUAAGUGGAAAAGUUUCGUCGUUUUUUUUACACCCUUCCUUGUCUACCUCUUCCUCAACUAUGGACGAGGGUGUUGAGUGUGCUAACCUCAGCGUGCUCAACUGGGAGCAAGUGCAGCGGCUGGAUAACAUCCUCACCGGCUCCAUCCCCAUCCACGGCCGCUGGAGCUUCCCAACGCUGGAGGUGAAGCCGCGGGAUAUCGUCAAGGUGGUCCGGAGCCGCAUGGAGGAGAAGCGCAUCCACGUCCGGGAGGUGCGUCUGAACGGUUCCGCAGCCAGCUACGUGCUGCAUGAAGACAGCGGUCUCGGGUGGAAGGAUCUGGACUUGAUAUUCUGCGCCGAGCUGAAAGGAGAGAUGGAGUUUCAGAUAGUGAAAGAUAUAGUGCUGGACUCUCUGCUAGACUUCUUGCCAGAGGGAGUGAAUAAAGAGAAGAUCACACCAGUGACCUUAAAGGAGGCCUAUGUGCAAAAGAUGGUGAAAGUGUGCAAUGACUCAGACCGCUGGAGUCUCAUUUCCCUCUCUAACAACCGCGGCAAGAACGUGGAGCUCAAGUUUGUGGACUCUCUCCGACGGCAGUUUGAGUUCAGCGUGGACUCCUUCCAAAUCCGCCUGGACUCGCUUCUCCUCUUCUACGAGUGCUCGGAGCACCCCAUGGCCGCCACCUUCCACCCCACAAUCCUCGGAGAGAGCGUCUACGGCGACUUCCCCACCGCCCUCGAUCACCUGCGCAAGCGCCUCAUCUGCACCCGGAGCCCCGAGGAGAUUCGAGGCGGGGGCUUGUUGAAGUACUGCCACCUGCUGGUACGGGGUUUCCGCGCGGCUUCCGAGACCGAGAUGAAACUGCUGCAGCGGUACAUGUGCUCGCGCUUCUUCAUAGACUUUCCCGAUGUGAGCGAGCAGAGGAGGAAGCUGGAGUCCUAUCUGCAGAACCACUUCGUGGACCUGGAGGACAGGAAGUACGACUAUCUGGCCACGCUGUACGAGGUGGUGCAGGAGAGCACGGUGUGCCUGAUGGGCCACGAGAGGCGCCAGUCGCUCAGCCUCAUCUCCUCGCUGGCGUUGCGGGUCCUGGCCGAGCAGAACGCCAUCCCCAACGCCGCCAACGUCACCUGCUUCUACCAGCCGGCUCCUUAUGUCGCAGACGGCAACUUCAGCAACUAUUACGUAGCGCAGGUUCAGCCCAUCUACCCCUGUCCUCCCUCGCCACCCCGACAGUACAUUCCUCAUCAGCACCAUCCUAUGUACGCCACCUGGUUACCCUGUAACUAAACUUUCUGUACGUUCAUGCACUUUUGCGUAACUGGUGGAACUCAUACGCCCUUGAACGUUGAUCGUUUUAUCUCUUUCUUGAGAUGGGAAAUUGGAAAAGGAAGAACAUGGGACAAAAUUAGACAGAUGGAAGAAGAAAAUAAAGGAAGGAAGGGAAAUGAGGACAACUGAACCUGGAUCAAGGCAGCGGGCCAGAGGAAGGCUUUUCCUCGGGGGAGCUGAGCACAGAGGGAGAGCUGCCAAUGAGAGAGGCUGACCCAUCAGUUUUAGGGUUCUCUCAUCAGCGCGAAGAUAAAUUUGGUAGACCAUCGGGGUGACCGACAGCUUGUAUACGAUGAUAUCUCACAGGAUCUCACAUUUGAAAUGAUGAACAUGUAUAAUAUCCACAUCCUCUUUACAUUAAAAAACAAAAUUCACAUACAGCCGCAGAGAGAAACGGAACACACAACAUGCUGAAGAUGUCGAUUCAUGGUCAAUCAACGGCGACCUUGUGACCAUGUGCACUGUGUUUGUAUGGGACUCCUUUUCACAGACAAUGCAAAAUGAGGAACUGGAUACUGUUUACAAAUCCAAAGAUCUACUUUGAUACUCAACUUUAUCUGAAUUCUUAGAUAAAAAAAACAACAACAAAACAAUGCAUGCUUUAUUUCUGUACAGGAAUAAUUUUCUUUAAGUGCCUAGAUGAAGCCUAAAGGGAAGAGAUAUUUUUGUGAUUCUUUAUCGUAGAAAACUUGUUGAGUCCUCUAAUUGAUUUUCAAGGUGAUAAUGAAUGUACAGUGGAACAGAGAGUUUACCUAUGCUGAGUAAGGUCUCUUACACUGAGUGAGGUUUUGGACCAACUGAUUUUAUUUUUUGACAAUGUUUAGUUUAAGACUCUGCUCUUAUCUGCAGUUCUGCUCGGCGAACACACAUCCUGAUUACCAAAGAGGAAGUAGCAACAUAAUCUCAUCAUCUGUAGAGACAAAUGGGGUGGUGGGGGGAGGUGGAGGGUUGGAUCAAAAAUGCUUAUAAGGGUAAAAUAGAUGGGGAUUUUGAGAGUAAUGCACAGAGAAAGAAUGGGGUUUGGCAGCUAGACAGCAAACGAGAGAGAAUAAGUUGCUCUUAUCUGCAGUUUUAUUGCAAAAUAAGGUGGUCCAGUGCGCAGCUUGAUUAGGAGACAAUGUAAUCAUCUGUAGGGGAUGAAGAAAUGUAUUUGGACAUGUAAAAAUGUUUUGCCGAUAAUGCAUUUUAAAAUGCAUCUUCAUCACAUAUCAAAAUUAAUUUAAGCAACAUGCUCAAGUGUUCUUGUGAAACUGAAAUGCAUACUAAUGAGUAGAUCUGAAAUAUACAACUCAAGCUUACUUAAAGGUGCUAUAUGGAGUUUUCAUGUAAACAAACAAAAGUUAUGUUUAUGUUUGGUCUCACCACAAAUAUUUGUUUAAAUAUUAUUUUUGGAAUAUUUCAAAAUAUUUCUUUAACAAAAUGAAACAAUGCAUUGUUUACAUAGAUGUUUGCUAGCCAGCGGGCUUCUUUUUUUACUGCCUUUUUAUGGCAGGAUUAUCCUGCCCGCAUGCUUGUACGUGUUCAUGUAUGUCCCUGUGCACGUGCACAGUAAAAACAAAACGGGCCGACUGGUAAAAGCAUUGCUCCAUAGCGCUACUAGUGGUCAAAAACUCAACAGGGCACCUUUAAGUUUCAAAUAUAUAAUAAAAAAAAAAUGAAACAUAAAAAACACCAAUGUGUUUGAAAUGCAUUCUGAAAGCAGUUUUCUCAAAUUACACUGGAGAGUUUUAAUACACACCUAUAUUUUCUUUUUCUACUUCUCCAUUUUUCACAUAAUUUGUACGCAGUUUAAAAUCAUUUUUGACACGCUGUAUGCACUCAAAAAAUAUGUUGACUUUCCAUGUGUACGAGACAAAGAGAAAAGAGACGUCUGCAAAUAUCUGCAGGACAAAACAAACUGUAUGUUUGUCAGAAGGGUAGAGGAUGGAUUGUGUAAGCAGAGCUGUAGCCACAGAGCAACUCUUGAAAGGAGUGGAGUAAAAGCAUACUACUGGUAGAGUCAGAGGCCCGGCAGAGGAGAAUAUUGUCAGAAAAUGUGCUGCGUGAAGCCUCAAGAGCUUCAAAUGUGAUGAAAGUUCAGUGAAUAUUGGCCAAUGUCUAUUUCAUCUUCUCUUUUAUGGAAAAGAGUUUGAAAUACAGUUUGGGAUGUGUGGAAAAUUUGGGGUUGCUGUCUCUUCUUAGCAUGGAAAAACACCAAACAAUGAGGAAAUAAUGCAAAAAAUGUAACUGUAAUGAUAAACACCAUCACAUGGAUAUUUGAAGGGCAAUAAGAUAAGUAGGUUUUUGUGAUGAUCAUGAAAAUAACAGAUGUAAAAUGUCAGCUUUACAAGUGCACAGAGACUCAGCAUAUUCUCUCAAACAUGUCAGAUCUCCUAUUUUUCUAUCAAUCUCUAUUUUUGUACAGUUUGUGUUUGGCUGACUUAGCAGGCAGAUUCAAAGCUGUGUCGUCGAGUAUUUUGUGGUGUGUGCAAAUUUGUGUUUCAUUUUGGCAGUGCAGGUGGACACGACGGCUAUGCUGAGAUGCAGAUUUAGCUUUUUUGUGUUCAUUGUAUGUGUGCUCUGAGCUGUUUCAUAUGGGUUUCUGUUGCUCUAAAGAGAUUGUUAUACAUGUGUUUUUAACUGCCGUCCUGUUUGGACAUGAAAACAAUGUUGACCAACUUGAGAAUUAAAAG